GACUCUGGUCAGACCGACCUCUAAAGCACAAAAUGCCUUCCCAGAAGAAAGGAAAGAUACAAAACGAGUUAAAUCCACGAACGACAGAAUAUGAGUUCCUUGGUCCACCAGGAGCCUUCCUCAUCACCUUCGGUGUUCCCCUCACCGUGUACGCCCUCUUCUUUGGCUGUUCAGAAUCGUCGGGCGGCUGUCCCCCUCCUCUCGCGUCCAUCCCAGAGCGCUUCACCACUGCACUUUCAGACUGUGCAUUCUGGAGCAACCUGUGGGAUACGCAGGCCGCUUUGAUAUAUCUUGCUUGGUAUGCUUUCUGUGUCGUUGCGUGGACGAUACUACCUGGUGACUGGGUCGAAGGCGUUACUAUGCGGACGGGCGAGAAAAAGAAAUACAAAAUAAAUGCGUUCUCGACAUUCCUCCUUGCAUUAGGACUGGCCGUGGGCUAUAUCUACAGAAACGGACCUCAAUCAUUCACCUUUUUGUACGAAAAAUGGGUCGGUUUCGUUACAGCGUCUCUUGUCAUGUCUGUCGCACAGGGUCUUGCCGUCUACGUCGGCAGCUUCAGAAAAGGCGCAUUACUAGCCCUUGGUGGUAACUCUGGGAAUUUUAUCUACGAUUUCUAUAUCGGUCGUGAACUUAACCCAUCCAUCGGUUCCUUUGACAUCAAGUCUUUCAACGAACUUCGUCCAGGCCUCAUCCUUUGGACCCUUGUCAACAUCUCAAUGGCGUGCGAACAGACCGUAAGGACAGGUGGUGUCAGUGACGCCAUGUGGCUUGUACUGCUCUUCCAGGGAUGGUACGUUGCCGAUGGACUCUACAACGAGCCUGCCAUCCUUACCACCAUGGACAUAACCACUGACGGGUUCGGUUUCAUGUUGUCAGUCGGUGACCUCACCUGGGUUCCCUUCGUCUACUCCCUUCAGGCUCGCUUCUUAGUUUUCAGGCCCGUCGAACUGGGCUCGGGGCUUUACCAAUACUUCGAUAACGAAUCACAAAUCCCUCGCUAUCUAGGUGUACUUUCCAUCCUUUUCGUUAACGCACUCGGCUAUUGGAUCUUCCGUGAAGCCAACGGCGAAAAGAACGACUUCAGAAAUGGGAAGAAUCCUAAGAACCUCCAAUACUUCACUACGGAGUCGGGCUCUAAGCUCCUUACCACAGGCUGGUGGGGACGGUCAAGACAUCCCAACUAUUUCGGCGACCUUGUGAUGGCGCUCGCCUGGUCCCUCCCUACAGGGUUCACCACCCCCGUGACCUAUUUCUACGUAGUCUACUUCACGGUCUUGCUCGUGCACAGACAGAGAAGGGACGAGGAAGCUUGCGAGAAAAAGUAUGGCAAAGACUGGGCCAAAUACAAGAAGAUGGUGCCCUACCGGAUCAUUCCCUACGUAUACUAAACGGUAACGAGUGCUUGCGAAGGGCGAGGCUAUCUCCACGUCGUGAAGAAUUCGACUGCAGAACUGGAGAACGAGAACUUGGAUUGGACUUGCGUAUCCGUUGUGUGUUGAAUCGUUAAUGAUAAGUUACUUGUCGCUUUGUUCUCUUGUGAUAUCUUGCUAUUUAUCCUGGAAGUAAUUGUAUGAAACCCUUUUAUUGCA